UCUAUGGAAGUUGGCUUUCCAAUGGCCAAUGGAUGGCCAUUUUUAUACUCUCUAGAAGUUCCAUCUCUUAUGUCAGUCAAUGGACAAUUAAAGGGAAAAGUACAAAGACAAGAAGGCCAACAACAAAAACAGAAUGAAAAAUACAGUGUACCAUUUAGUGCUGACAUCAACGGUGAAGCUCAGAUCACAUAUUCCUCACAAACCAGAGGAAAGAUGGGAUUCGUUGCGCCUUUUGCGAAUCAAAUCUACAUUGCCGGAGUGGAGAGGAACUUUCACGUGCACGUUCCCAUUAAAGGAAGUAUCAAGUACAAUCCUUCUAGUUACAACAACUCCCUCGAAACUGUCCUCGAACCCCUCGCAGCCAGUGGUGGUAAACAACAAGUGUUCCAGUCAAGCACCAACCUUUACACUACUGCUCAGGAUAUCAACGAGGGCAAACCCUACAUCCAAGGUCAAAAUGCUCUUCCUGUCUACUCCAGGCCUUUCCAACAGAUCUACAGAAAUACGUUGGGUCGUGAAGUGUCUGGUUAUGGAUUUGAUGUCACGGUCAGAGGAGAAGAGAACUUUUUGAACAAGCCAAACAUUUGGAAAGCGUUGCGCCAACACGAUUCUCUUUCUGCUUUGCUUUUCAGCAACACUGUUAGACAACUGCAAAAUGAUUAUAUUUCUGUUAAGUAUAAUCCGCAAAAAAGCUCUCCACAGCCAAUUAACAUAACUCUGUCUUUCAUUUCGAAUGAAAAUUAUCCUGCAUCAUCCUCCAGAUUUACAAAGGUUGUACAUCCCUUAAGGAGAUCUCAGAAAAUGAGCUCGACAACUUUAGGUACGCCACAGUCUUAUCAAGGACGAAGAGAAGAACUUCUUGAAAACGUCCAAUCUGGAAUGCAGGACGCUAAAGCUCAUGUGCUUGACGCAUCCAUAUCAUUUGGCAGCCAACAAGGAAAUGCUGGGUAUUCAUUAACUCUAGCUCACGCCAACAGCCCAGUUUCCACACUUUCUAGAGUACUUUUCUUCUACAAGGGAAAGCCUCUCCAACCCUCCGAGAACACUAAGCCAUGCCAAGCUUCUGGUGAAAUCGAAAUAAAUGACCCACGAGUUUCGUCAUACAACUUCCGAGAAGCCCUCAAUCAAGAGUCCACUGCAAGCAUCGAAGGUAAGCUUAAGAUGCAGCAAGAAUCGAGCCCGGAAGCUGAAAUUUCCUUCCAGGGGAAAUUUGAAAGGACGAAUGAAAGAAAAGAGCAUGUUCUCCAGCUAUCUACAGCUAGGACCUGCGAGGAACAAAUGCAACGUGGAGAUUAUUUCCAAUCGGCAUGUAGAAAUGUCUCUCUCGAUGCUAAUUAUAUGGACAAAUACAACAUUGUUUUUGACUACCAAAAUGUUCCAAAAGAAGUACAAAGAGCUAUUUACUCUACUACUAUUUACGGAAUGGCUCGUGGUCUUCUUUACCCUUAUAACCAAGAGAAAAUUCAAUCACAAAGCCAGUCCGAAAACCAAAUCACAGUUGGCGUGCAGUUCUCAAAGGAUCUCUCGGCAGUCAAUGUCUCAAUUGCAACUCCAAGCUUGCAAUCCCAAUUCGAGGAUAUCAGAAUGCCACAGAUGGCAAUUCCUUUGUUCGUCUAUCACCCCAAAUAUAACCAACUUCAACUGAUAAGCCGAAAAGUCUUCAGAUCCUAUCCUACAGGUUUUGCUGUUCUUGACGGGAAGAGUGUGACGACAUUUAACAACAAAUCUUACCCCAUUGACCUUGGAAACUGCUACCAUGUCUUUGCAGUCUACGCGCCUCAUGAGGAAUAUGGUAGUCAGCAACAGUAUAAACAUAGAGAUGACCAGAGGAAGUUUGCCAUUCUUGUGAAGGAGAGCAACUCUCAAAGCAGGGAGGUUUUGAUCACCAUUGGGAACGACGAGGUCCAUAUGAAACCAGGAGUAUCAGUGCAAGCCAACGGCCAGGAAAUCCAGUUUUCGGAGCAGAAGAUCUCGAAAUGGUCCAAUGGAGAAAACUCUAUUGAAGGCCACGUCCAGAACGGAGGUGUGUACGCUCUUCGUUUCCCACGGCAAGGUAUUGAAGUUAGUUACGAUGGCAGCAGGCUCCAGGUGACACUCCCAUCCUUCUACAAGUCCAGAGUUCGCGGACUCGCUGGUACCUAUGGCGGCCAGGAUACGGAAGAUUUUUCUGCCCCUGACAACAGGGUCCUCAGAAAUCCUCUCCUUUUCGCUGCCAGCUACGCCCUUACCCAGGACCAGACCUGUCGAGGACCCGCUAAGGAACGUAAUCAGGAGGCAGUGAAGGCUCCAAAAUACGAGAAGACUGUCACUCCCGGGAACGUGGUGUCAGACCGUGAGGCCGGUAGGGAGAAGCUGAAGACUGCUUCAAUCCAAAAGAACCAUUUGCCGAAGCAGAUGGACGUCAAGACAUCUUUGACGGAACUGAGGACCAGAUACAUGGAGGAAGGAGACAGGACUUGUUUCUCAACAAGGCCACAGAUUAGCUGUUCAUCACACGCCAGAGCCACCAAAAGGAUGCAGAAGAACGUGGACUUCCACUGCAUUCAGACCAGCAGUGCUUCCAGACAUUGGGUUCAAAUGAUCAAGAAUGGAGCCAAUCCCGACUUCUCACAGAAGGGUUCUAACCACCAAAUACUCAUCGCUCUUCCCCAAGAGUGUCAACCAAGGGCGUAG